CCGGGAAAUCUUGAACCCCUUUUUUCAAUUCAACAAAUCGCAUUCCCACCACCUAAACUUCGCAUUCCACUCCACGUCCGUUUCACAGUUGGUACCCGGUCCUUUAUAAGCUUCUCAACUACUCAACACUCCCUCCCACUCGCUCCACCCCCUCUUUCUCUCAUCGAUUCCCUUUUGUUUUCUGGGUUUUAGAGAGAGACUGAGAGCUCGCAGCAGCAGCAGCAGCAAUGGAGUUGUUCUACAUCCUUCUGUUCGGGGGAAUGGCAGCGGUGGUGGCAGCUCUCGAGCUGAGCAAGAACAACAAAGAUCGCAUUCAUACCACCUCUGCUUUCAAUGCCUUCAAGAACAAUUACCUCCUCAUAUACUCUCUCAUGAUGGCCGGUGAUUGGUUGCAGGGUCCAUAUGUUUACUAUCUAUACAGCCAGUAUGGGUUCAGCAAGGGGGACAUUGGACAACUUUUUAUUGCUGGCUUUGGAUCAUCCAUGUUGUUCGGGACAGUUGUUGGAUCUCUAGCUGACAAACAGGGUCGGAAGAGGGCAUGUAUUACGUACUGCAUAACUUACAUUCUAAGCUGCUUCACCAAACAUUUUCCCGACUAUAAGGUUUUAUUGUUGGGACGCAUAUUGGGAGGCAUUGCUACUUCUCUACUUUUUUCAGCUUUUGAGUCUUGGCUUGUGGCGGAACAUAAUAAGAGGGGCUUCGAGCAACAGUGGCUUUCAUUGACAUUCUCUAAGGCUGUAUUUCUUGGAAAUGGUCUAAUUGCUAUAGUAGCUGGGUUGCUUGGGAAUCUUCUGGUAGAUACUCUGGGAUUUGGCCCCGUUUCUCCAUUUGAUGCUGCUGCAUGCUUUUUGGCAAUUGGCAUGGCAAUUAUAAUGGUAUCAUGGGGUGAAAAUUAUGGAGAUGAUACAGAAAACAAGAACUUACUUACGCAGUUCAGGGGUGCUGCCAUAGCCAUCGCUUCCGAUGAGAAAAUUGCUUUGCUGGGUGCCAUACAGUCCCUAUUUGAAGGCUCAAUGUACACCUUUGUAUUCCUCUGGACUCCUGCUUUGAGCCCAAAUGAUGAGGAGAUUCCACACGGUUUCAUUUUUGCAACAUUCAUGCUAGCCUCGAUGUUGGGAAGCUCUUUAGCGUCUCGGCUGAUGGCAGGUUCAUCCCUAAGAGUUGAGAGCUACAUGCAGAUUGUAUUUGCAGUCUCUGCGGCUUCCCUUCUGCUUCCCAUUGUGACAAGCUUCUUGAUUGCACCUUCCGAUGUGAAAGGUGGGAGCAUGUCAUUAUCAGGGUAUUGUCAGCUUGUUGGCUUCUGCACAUUUGAGGCCUGUGUGGGAAUAUUCUGGCCAUCUAUCAUGAAAAUGAGGUCCCAAUACAUCCCAGAGGAGGCGAGAAGCACCAUCAUGAACUUCUUCCGCAUUCCUCUCAACAUCUUUGUGUGUGUUGUGCUGUACAAUGUUAAUGCAUUUCCCAUCACCAUCAUGUUUGGUAUGUGCUCGAUUUUCCUUUCUAUGGCUGCUGUAUUGCAGAGGCGGCUCAUGGUGAUUUCUGAUGGCCACAAGUCAAAACCAGAAGAAUGGACAAUGCAGGAGAGGGACACAGAAGCGGAGCCAUUAAACGACUAAUUGGAAGAUGAAAAUAACAACAAUAAAGGAAAAAAGAAGAAAAAGGAAAAGAUGUCUGCAAUUUUUUGGUGCUGAAAACAACCUACUGUAAUUUGGAUUUUCAAGCUGUAUAUCUUGGUUUUCUGUUUGCCGUCUGAUCAAUGAGGAAAAUCCCGUUUGAUUCCUACUUCGAAACGAGGUAUGGAGGAUUUUCAGGGGGCAAUCAGCUGGUGGUUACAGCACAAAGAAAUGACUAACAACUCUAGUUACUAUGUGUAGUUCAUGUAUUCUCCAAUUAUGGUAGACUGGUGCUUUAUCAGGUAUAUUUUGUCAUAUGAAUGGUAGAAAAUGUAAGGACACAUGCAAGUUUUUAUUGUCCCCUUAUUUUUUUUUA